UAUACACGACUACAAGCCACCCGCCCUUCGCCGAUUUUCCCAGCCUCCCACGGCUAUUCCCCAACCGGAGCCAACACCGCCGCCAUACCAGUACGGACGGUUUGGGCGCCCGCGAAGCAUGCUGUCCACGUCGAGCUCGCCACAUAGUCACAGUCACUCGGGCGAGCCGGCAGGUUCGCGCUCGCACUCGUCGGUGCUCACGAGCAACUACAGCCCCACGCCGUGCGCUACGCCACUACCAGGGAUGGGCACCGCGAUUUCUCCUGGGCCGAGCCUCGCGUCGAGCUCGCGCCCGACGACGCCAGGGCCCGCGCUUAGCUACCCACCGUCGCUGCAGCAGUACCUGAGUCACGGGCAGCGCGUGUCAUGGCCACGGUACGACCCGUCGGCAUCGGCGUCCACUUCAGAGGAGGGGCUAGAAAGGCGAGGGGAACGCGAGCGGCGGCCGUCGAGGUUAUCGUUGACGCUGGCGAACUGGAACCCUGAGACAGACCCCGAACUAGACUUGAGCGUGCUAAAGCCGGAGGACAUUGAGAAAGCGAAGACCACCGAGGGUGAGAGCCGUGGGGCGAAAGGGGACGAGCGACAGCGAGAUCAGGAGAAGGAGAAGGACACGGACGGCUCUCAGCAAGCAUCGGACCUCAGUCAGCUAGCGCACGCAGCAAGCAGUGGACACGUGUCCGCUUAGGUCUGCAUCUGCGUCUCCCAUCAUGUCCGAUGGCUCGGCCUGCUGCUUGUUGUGUAACAGCAGAAGUCAGCUCGCAUCCGAGGCGGCCCGACCAUUGGCCCACCCAAUAUCCUACGACGCUUGUAAUUCGCUGGGACAAUUGUUCACCCACUCACAUUGCUAUCUGACAUACCUGCAGGUGUGGCCCGCGGGCCAGCGCUGCUUUCGCCUCUGACGCCCUAGUGCGGUCUCACAUCAAUCUUCGGAGGUUCUGACUCGUGUAAACGUCAGCGUGAACG